AUGGGAAACUCGAGCAGUUCGAAUAAGAUCUCAGCCCAGGACAAGGCGAUACUCGAUCUGAAGAACCAACGCGAUAAACUCCACCAGUACCAGAAGCGCAUAACCACGAUCACGACGCGCGAGACGGAGAUUGCGAAAGAAUGUCUACGUUCAGGUCAUAAGGGGAAGGCAUUGCUUGCGCUGCGAAGGAAGAAAUAUCAAGAAUCGCUGUUAUCGAAAACGGAUCAACAACUGGCACAACUGCAGGCGCUCACGAGCGAUGUCGAGUUUGCGCUGAUACAGAAAGACGUCCUGUUCGGUUUACAACAGGGCACGUCAGUAUUGAAGGAGAUUCACAAAGAGAUGGGAGGGUUGGAGAAGGUGGAGAUGAUACUGAGUGAGAGCGAGGAGGCUCGAGCAUAUCAACAGGAAAUCAACGAUAUGCUCAGUGGUAAGAUAUCAAGCGAAGAUGAGGAUGACGUUGAAGAUGAGCUCGAGGCGAUGGAACGAGAGGCUCGUGGCGUUCAAAGCAUGCCAGAUGCUCCGUCUCUCACGAAGGACGAGCUACCAAAUGCUCCAGAUGCGCUGCCGGCAACAAGAGAGAAGGCGGCAAGACGGCAGGCCGCGGAGCCGAUGGCUGCAUAG